AUGAAGGAGGUGAGUGUUAACGAUCGCCCCGCCGUGAGAUCUACAGCACGCGAAUUAGCUCCGACCUCGUCAAGAACGCCCACUGAUUCGAAGACCUUUCCCGAUUGCUGCACGGAUUGCGCCAACACCGCCGCCUGCCACCACAACGCUGCAAUUUUACACGCCAUAAUCACAGACCAAACAGUGAUUUUCCCGCUCACAAUCAGUCCGCUAGCACCUGGCGUCUUUCAAGUUGGGACAGGGUUCACCAUUUUGCACUUUCGUUUUAAGCUCGGGGCGCAGAAAAGAAAUUCAAGGCGUCAUUUUCGCUGUGUCACUCAAUCCAAUCUCAGGCGGCCUUCCCGGCAAACUCCAUUCUCAAUAUCAAACCGAAAAUCAGAUUCGAUCUCGAUCUCCAACGCAGCUUCCCCUUGCGGCAUGGCGGGAGACGCGGCGGCAUUUGCGCCGUUUGUCUCGGAGCGCGAGAGGCGGGUCCACUUCAUGCGUCUCGCCAUCGCGCAGGCGGAGGCUGCACUGACGAGACUAGAAGUCCCCGUGGGCUGUGUGAUAGUGCACAACAAUAAAGUCGUAGCAGCAGGCAGCAAUAGAACCAACGAAACCAGAAACGUCUCACCCGUGUGUUCUACGGCUGUCCCAACGACCGCUUCGGCGGUUGUGGAUCCGUGCUGUCAGUACACGCCAAAGGAUGCCGCCCCUGCCCGCCCUUCAGCGGAGGCACACAGGGCAUGUUGCAGUGUGAGGGGGGCAUACUGGCCAGCGAGGCAGUGGACCUCUUCAGGCGCUUCUACGAGCAAGGCAACCCCAACG